CGCUCUUCUUUACGAUGAAGUCUGGCGUUGCUCUAGCUCUUAGCUGGGGCAUCACCUUGACUGCCGCAAGCCCUCAUCCUGAGCUUCAAUGGGAUCCAAACACCAUUUCUACCUGCAGGGAAUGGUUCAACAAUGCUGGCUCAGAUACUUGCGAGUCUAUCCGCUCCAUGCUUGGAAUCUCUCCUGAAGAUUUCCACAAGUGGAACCCUUCUGUUGGCGUAGACUGCAAGCCGUGGAAUUACCAAUCGUACUGCAUUCUUACUGAGGAGAAAUGGGCCAGUUAUACUUCAACACAUACUACCACCAAGGCAAAAACAACUACCACCUCCUCCUCAUCUACGCAUGUGCCGUCUCCCACUUCUUGGAACGCCCUGGGAUGCUAUACAGAUGAUGAUGCCAAGUAUCCUGUUUUGGAAAAACAAGUGAGCAGCAACGACGCUGCGCUCCAGAUUGAGACGUGUGAGGACCAGUGCUGGAAGGCUUCCAACGGUACUGUUCUGUACGCUGGUGUGACGGAGUGCAACAGUCCAUGCAGUGGGAACAAGCAAGAGAUUUGCGGUAGUAAGGGCAGAAUUAAUGUCUUUGAGCCUCAAUCUUCUGGAGCAGUUAAGAACCAAGGUAUAUUCUAG